AGGCUCAUCCAUGCCUGGGGCCUAAUGGGUUCAUGCCAGUUUAGAAUUUGGGUCUGAUAUUGCCACCUCAACUGUAUUCCAAAAGCAAGUACUUUUAGUAACACCAAUAGGCCACUCUUGUUUUGCCUAUCCAGACAGGAAGGCCCAUUCUUUUCGUUUCUUUAAGUUUGCUUCUCCAGACAAGAGAGCUGGCUGAGCUGCGUUCUUCGAAUAAUGCUUCAGCAGAUAAGCUAUAGAAAAUGAAGACCCAGAUAAUGGUUGCUCCAACUUCUCGUAACCAAAACCAAAGGCAUCAAAGCUUCUCCUGAGAACAGAGUUUCACAGAAGCACAAAUUUUCAUGAUUGUCAAAAGAUCAAGCAUCAUGUUCGAGUUUACUGAUCAGGUCAAAUCGGGAGAGCAGGCAGUCACCUGUUUUCAGAAGAGGAGAUAGGAAAGAAAUGGGCUCAUGGCACACGAAGCAUAGAGGAAGCCCGAAGACAAAGAAAAUCACAUGAUCAAGUGUGUUAAUGUGUUCUUAAGUUGAAGGAAACAUAUGAUGCACUUAUACGGAAUUGAUUUUGCUUUAAUAUUGUCAAAAUUUUCAAAUGCAUUUAUGAAAAGUUCUGCAGACCUCUUUUUUUUUGGAAAAUGUUGCAUUCAGCAUUUCUGCUUUGCGUGGAAGAUUAUCAACUUCAUGCAACUCUAGAAUGCACUUGAUUUUUCCAGGGCCGAUAUGACUGAAUGAAGACAUUUUCUAGGAAGAACAAAAAGUUGCAGCUGUGUCUGCAUUAGCUCUGAGGAUCCCUUUGAUUACUUGCCAGAAUUGGGCUUGGCUAUCACUCCCCAAAAUUUGAGAAGUAUACACAAGGGUCAAAGCCUGAAACAACUAUGAACGAGUUCAGUUCUGAAAGAUCAAAGCCAUGGAAUAUCUAUGCUGGCUCAGACCCGAGUCCAUCUCAAACAGGGGUAUAUCAAGAAGCACCGUGGAAAAACCUUGGGACAUCCAUGAAUGCCAUUUCAUUUGGUUUCGUUGCCACAGCAAUUUUGAUUUCAAUGUUUCUUCUCAUGGCCAUAUUUGAACAUUUGUUUCGGCCCAGUCCUCCUUUCUCUUCACCUCAAGAUGUGAUUGAUGGCUCCCUAGAAUCAGGCUCGACUGGAAAACAUGGUAAUCCACAAACAGUAUCAACCUCGUACGCUUCGGAUUUCUCAGUAUUGAUGCCAGGACAGCACUAUCCUACCUACAUUGCCCAACCUGCUCCUCUCCCCUGCCCAAGGGAAGGGAUUUAUUGGCCACCCCACGAACAUAAUUUUGCCUCCCCUUAGACUCUGAAACUUGCAUUUAAUCAUCAUUGUGUAUGCAUGCACUUUAAUGGGUGGCUCUGUUCUAGAUAUGUACUUAUGUCUCAUUUCUUCUGUCAUAUGCUACAAGUUUUACAUUUGUAAAUCUCUCCUUUCUUACAAUAAUGAUAAUAGGAAGGUUUUCCUUUUU